AUGUCCGACACCACCGAUCAGCGUCCGCAGUGCGGCAGCGAGGCUGGUUCUGGCGAAUAUGACCUUGGAAUUCAUGUCGUCGCUCUUUUCCUUGUCGUCUUCGCUAGUAUUAGCGGAGCCGCUUUCCCCGUUGUGGCAAAGAAGUUCCCCAAGCUGAAGAUCCCUCCCAUGGCCUUCUUCUUCUGCAAGCACUUCGGUACCGGCGUCCUGAUUGCCACCGCCUUCGUUCAUUUGCUCCCUACUGCCUUCGCAUCGCUUAAUGACCCAUGCCUCCCCCCGCUUUUCACCGACGACUACCCUGCCCUGCCCGGCGUCAUCAUGAUGGGCUCGCUCUUCUGCUUGUUCGUGCUUGAGAUGUAUCUCAACUCGAAGAUGGGCGGCCACAGCCAUGGCGGGCCCACCGGCGAGUCCAUCAACGCCCCGGCUCAAAGUCACUUCCAUGCCCCGGCCCAGACGCGAGACUUCACCUCUCCUCUGCCCGCACGCCCGGUGGCGCGGGAGCCUCUGGAGCCCAUCAGCCGCACCGACUCGGAGGAGAGUUUCGACAAGUCAUACGCCUGGGACGAGGUCAAGCAAGCUUACGUCCGCGAGAGCGAGGAAGAGCUCGCCAUGGGCAACCAACAGCCCUCUGAGAUGCCCGCGUGGUUUGUCGCCUUCUACUCGCAGUACGUCCGCCAGCGCGACGAGAUGCUCGCCAUCAUCGACCGCCGCAUGGCAUCGACCCUGCCGAGCUACGACAGCAAGCAAGCCUCGGCCACGGAUCAUGAAGUCUCCUUCUUCGACGCCGACGACCACGAUGUCGAGGAGGGUGGCCAGGGCGCGGUUGACCCCAUGGUGCUGAAGCGCAUGUCGCUCAACAUCACCAUCCUCGAGGGUGGUAUCCUGUUCCACUCGGUCUUCGUCGGUAUCACCGUGUCCGCCACCGUCGACGGCUUCAUCGUCCUGCUCAUCGCCAUCAUGUUCCACCAGACGUUCGAGGGUCUCGGUCUGGGCAGCCGUAUCGCCGCCGUGCCGUAUCCCAAGGGUUCGUACAAGCCGUGGUUGCUCGUCGUGGCAUUUGGUACGACGGCACCGUUCGGUCAGGCCAUUGGCUUGCUGGCUCGCAACUCGUUCGACAUCAACAGCGCGUUCGGUCUGAUCAUGGUCGGCGCGUUCAAUGCCAUCAGUUCCGGCUUGCUGAUCUACGCGGCGUUGGUGGACCUGCUGGCGGAGGACUUCCUGUCUGAGGAGGCGCAGGCGACGAUGGGCAAGAAGCAAAAGAUCUAUGCGUUCGUCUUCGUUCUUAUGGGCGCUGCCGGUAUGUCCAUCGUCGGUGCCUUCGCUUAG